AUGGUAAUGGUUCAGAUAACCAAAGAUGGGAAGGUAGAGGGGUUCCACAGUGUGACCGAGGGGGCUGCUGAGGAAGCCCCUGAGGAAGCUCUCAUAGAUAUGAUGGUGCCUGUAGUGAUGCACUAUUGGGUCAGAAUUCGAAGUCCCCUGAGAGUGUUAGUGCUGACUCUGCCUGAGAAAUGGGAUCAGUUGGAUUCAGUUCUAGGCUCUCAGCUCUCUCCUUACCUACAACUCCAACUUUCUCUAAUUAAGAAUGAACAGAAAGAAAAAAUUACUGAAAAAGUAAUUCUUUCAAUGACAGCAAAGGAACACCGUAAGGCACAAGAAGAAGUGAGCAGGCUGAUUGAUGAAUUGCAGACAGCUAUCAAAAGUAACAGAGGUCAUCUCUCUAAACUUGGCCCCCAAUUACAGGCUGAGCAGGAGCAAUUCUCCUCUUAUGUCUACCAACACAUUAAAAGCCUUCCAGCAAACACUCUUAUCCCAGGAGACCUGCAGCUCAAGAUAUUUGAAAAUGGUAAAGACACUGGAGAGAUCUCUGUUUGCAUCAGCAUAAAAGACCUGGAGUCUAAAAGCCCAACUCAAACUGGUGAUAUGAUGGAAAAAUUACUUCUCAGGAUUCAUCAAAGGCUUCAAGGAUCUCCCAUCAAUCCAUCAGGCCUCAAUUUUUCUUCAAUCCGACUUUUUGAUGAGCACGGUCAAGAAAUUAGGAAUCCACUUUUGCUGAAGAAUGAGCAAAAAAUUUGGGUCUCUUAUGGUAAAGCAUACAGAUCUCCACUUACCCCUGUUUUGAGUCUCACCUUUGACCAGGUGACUGCAUUUGACAGAGACGGGAUUACAGUUGCACAUAAAACCUUCUUGGAUCCUAAUGCUGUUCUGCUGCCUGGAUGUGACAAUUGGGAAGUUUGUGAGAGAUUUCCAAUUAAUUUCAACAGUACCAGUCAACAGAUACCUGAUCAAUUUGAAAAGGUGGACUUGGAGAACCAUUUCCUACAGAACAAGGUGGAUCCCAAUAUUGUCCUUCAUGCCUCUGUUUCCAUCGGAAAGCGGAGGUCCUCAAGCAGGGAAGUGAGGAGUGGAAGUCAGAUAGCGCCAUCGAUCCUGUGGCCUGCAGCCAGUGUGUGGCUGAUCACGAAGACUGGAAUGAUCCUGAGCCGGGCUAUAACGCAGGGCUGCCUAGCUAUUGGUCAUCCAAUCAGAGUCGAGGCUGCUGAGGGAACAUCACUAGAAGGAUAUAAAUUAAUCCUACAGAAAAGACAUAAAGAAAAUAAUUCUCAGAAGUGGGUGUUUGGAACGGACAGCUGCAUUUAUUCUAAGGCUUAUCCUCAGUUUGUUCUGACCUACCUAGAGGAGCUAACUGCACAAGUGGAUGUGACCCAGAGAGAGUAUCACAUUCACCACGGUGCCCGGACUACAACUCAUCAGGAACAUGGUAGCAGCUUAGCAGAAGAGGUCUUGCAAGAAAGUGCCAGCAUCCCGGGUCUGAAGCAACUGCCAGAGCCUUCAGACACCCAUUUAAUGCCAGAAGGUUCUCUUGGGGAGACAAGGCAGCUGACAGUGGCACUGGUGAGGAAACUGGAAGAGAAACAUCCUAAGGCUUCUGCUCAGAGGUGGGCCAUAAAACAUGAAGGGACUAAUAAGCCAGGCCAGUGGAAACAUUCCAGAGUUGAAAAUCCUCUCUGGAACAAACUUACCUACAUGUGGCCAGUUCUUCCCAGUGGACAACUUAAUGAGGAGUUUGAUUGGCCAAUAGAAGGACUGCUUAUUCCAAACAGUCCUCCCAUGAAGAAAUUCAGCUGUAAGAGCCCGGAGCUGUGUGUUCCUGUGAGGCUCAGAGUUCUGCGGAAUGGAGACAAGAAUAAAAAUAGAGCCUUUGUUAUAAUUGGUCCAGGUAUCUCACCUGGACGGAAAAUGCAGUGCACUGAAAUUUUAAAUUUACCUUCUGCAGCUCGGAGAUUGUUCAAUGAAAAGGGAAAGGAAAUCUUUGCCCUAAAAGACCUUCAAAGAGAUGAACUGGUAUACGUUUCAUGUGGAGAACAUUGGAUCAAUCCUGAUGUGUCCAUUGCUCAGCAAAAGAAAGAAAUCUUCCUGAGAAACUUAGCAUCAGAUAUUUCUAAAAUUCAAACUUUCUGCAGUAUACGUAAGAUAGAGGCUCUUGUUUUAGAAGUCCAAAGUGACAUCGUGUCUGGAGCCAAGCUUGCUGUGCAUAAGCCUGUGGCAAUUUUUGGAGAAGAGAAGCAAAUGAUAGGACCAAAGGAAAAGCGAAUGCAAAAAAAUGCUUUAACAACGGAAAAGGCUUCCAGUGAAAUUCUAGAUUCACAUGCAAGAACCCAUCUCCGAAUGGAAGCUUGUCACACACUUCUCAGGUAUGCCUGGCAGGAAACUCCUCAUGACUUUGAUGAGGAUGACAGUCUUCCAAAGAAAAUGGAAGAAGAACUCUUUGAAAAUGUGGAACCACAGAAGCAAUACAGCCAUUCUCCAACGCAGAGUAAAUUGCAGAAGCUUUGCCACCAGCAGUUUGAAUACAGAGAUGGGCAAAUUAUAAGCCGUGCCGCUCCUCAGCUAGUUUUGGGAGUUCGAGGUCCUGAUCUGCGCUCAGGCAUGGAGGUAGUUUUGGUGGAGAAAAAAGUGGAUGAUAGUCAUCAACGGUGGAUGCACAAGGAAGGCAGCAGGACCUUUCACCUGGUGAGCAACCCAGACCUUGUGCUGGCAGUGUCUAUGACCAAAACAAGAAAUGAAGUCUGUGGCUAUCCAGUUAUUGUUCAGAAAUAUAAACCAUAUAACAAUGGGACGUCCAAUCAAAAGUGGAAUUAUGUGGAAAAUACCAAGGCUUUUAUGGCCUUUCAUAGCACUGCAUUGGAUAAGGAGAUCACAGCAGCAAAUUAUGCUGGUAUUUGUACAUCCUCUGUGAUUAAAGAGGAAAACAUUGAUCAACCAGCUGAUUUAUCUUCUUAUGAGGCUGAGAAAACACUAAGUUAUUAUGAAGAACGUCUAUUGUCUUUACGGAUGAAGACCUGCACGCAAGUUGUAUCACAUAGUGGUACAUCAACUAUGCACCAGAAGGCAGUGAAAAUAAUUGCAUACAAAAAUGGAGAUGGAUAUCGAAAUGGGAAGUUAAUUGUGGCCAGAACAUUCCCCACACUUCUUACAGAAUGCACGGAGCAACUUGGUCUCACCAGAGCAGCCUCCAAAGUAUAUACCAAAGAUGGAACAGCAAUCCUUUCCUUACGUGAUUUGGUUUUAUGGGCGCUAAAGGAAUCUUUCAUCCAGAGAAACACUGAGGAACAAAAGAAAGAGGCAGUCCCUGUUCGAACAAAGGAGACAACUAUUAAAAAAAACUCAAGAAUGAAAGUGAAAACCAAAUUGUGUCCGAAGUCUGUGACAUCCAGUAGUUUGGAUGGUAGAGAUAAGUCUUUGAUCACUCUCGUCCUCAGAAAUCCCAUUGCCAUCUGGGUAUCUUGCGGUGAACCAUUUCUAUCUCCGAAGGCUUUGCAGAAAGCCCAAAAUUUAGAAAAACAGAACUGGCUAAAAAAGAACAAAAUUUUGGCUGAUCUAGACACCAUGAAACACAAAAUGAGACUGUUAAAAGGGCGGCGAGUAACAGCAUGUCAGCCAGCCACCAUGGUUCCCAACAAAAGCCCCGUGCAGCCGGUGGUGGUGGAGGGAGGCUGGACUGAGCAGACUCAAGAGGAAAUUAAACUCAUGGAACUCAUAAGACAUACAGAGGCGCACCUUUCUGCGGUUCAAGAACUGCAAGUCCAGAGGAAUUCUCCAGUUGAAACUGCACAUCCCCCACUCAGGUACUGCAGCCUAUAUCAGCAGCCAGAUGCAAAACGAGUAUGGAUUCAUCUAAAUGGAGGCCGACCUGAAGAUGGCACUUAUGCCUGGGGCAAAACUAUUUCAGAGCUGCUGGAUGACUGCUCCUCACGUCUUAAAUUGGCCCGCCCAGCCAGAACACUGUACACCCCCAGUGGAGAACCAAUUCACUCGUGGGACGACAUAGAACGAGACAUGGUCAUCUGUGUGUCCACAGGACAUGGCUUUAUAACCCAAAAAGAGUUAAAGCAACUGAUGGAGGUCAGAGCAGAUUAUGCCAGAAUCCGAAGGCAGCAGGGCCCCGAAGCCACAAACAUCGUGGCGUCACAACCUGACAAGCUGCAAUUUCCGGUACAUCUACACAGUUAA